GCAAUGAAAAAGACACAUCCUGAAUGCUAAAUAUUUUCACAAUUAUGCACACCUAAUGGAGCUGUAUGCAUCCCUAUUACAUCAUAUGCAAGCAUAUAAUUAAAGACCUCUUGUACUGUCGGAACUGAUGGAACUUGUGGAUGUUUUACCUGCUGA